AUGGGGCUGACAUUCACCAAGCUGUUCAAUCGGUUAUUUGCGAAGAAGGAGAUGAGGAUUUUGAUGGUUGGUCUCGAUGCGGCUGGUAAGACCACUAUUCUUUACAAGCUCAAGCUGGGAGAGAUCGUCACUACUAUUCCUACCAUUGGGUUCAAUGUGGAGACCGUGGAGUACAAGAACAUUAGCUUCACCGUUUGGGAUGUCGGAGGUCAAGACAAGAUCCGUCCCUUGUGGAGGCAUUACUUCCAGAACACUCAGGGUCUUAUAUUUGUUGUAGACAGCAAUGACAGGGAUAGAGUUGUUGAGGCCAGAGAUGAGUUACAUAGAAUGUUGAAUGAGGAUGAAUUGAGAGAUGCAGUAUUGCUUGUCUUUGCCAACAAACAAGAUCUUCCCAAUGCAAUGAAUGCUGCUGAAAUUACUGACAAGUUGGGUCUUCACUCUUUGAGACAGCGCCACUGGUACAUCCAGAGCACCUGUGCAACCUCAGGGGAGGGUCUUUAUGAAGGUUUGGACUGGCUUUCCAACAACAUAGCCAAUAAGGCUUAA